AUUGGGGUUCAGUGUUUGAAGUCAUUGCUGAAUGCAGUUGAUGCAGUUGCACCAUGUCUGUAAGCUGGACGGUUGUGUUAUUCUCUCUGUUUGUAUGUAUUUAUGUACAAUCAGGGUCUUUUGAGACAUUGGUCAUCUCAAAGAGUAAUGAACAAUGGUCCCACCCACAGGGCCUCCAGGACAACAUGAACAGACUCUUAAAGAAGCGAAGUGUGAACAGCCCACAGAUAGAGGUGCAGAGCGUGAAGGUGGACUGCAAGGUGACAUUACGUUAUGCUCAGACUGUCAUGACCACCAAAGUUCUCAAUAAAGCCAACGUCUCACAGGAAGUCUUUUUUGAAGUGGAGCUGCCCAAGACGUCCUUCAUUACCAACUUCACCAUGGAAAUUGAUGGCAAGACAUAUACAGGUGAGGUAAAGGAGAAAGAGAAGGCCAAGGAGCAGUAUGAGAAAGCUGUAUCAUCUGGACAGACUGCUGGACUGGUCAAGGCUUCAGGUCGAAAGAUGGAGAAGUUCUCAGUUAAUGUGAAUGUUGCAGCAAACAGCAUUGUCACAUUUAUUCUUACUCACGAGGAGCUUCUUCAGCGUGUGUUUGGAAAAUAUGAGCUUAUGAUCAGAGUCAAACCCAAACAGUUGGUCCAGCACUUUGAGAUUGUGGCAGAUAUCUAUGAACCUCAAGGCAUUGCAUUUGUAGAUGCUUAUGGCACAUUUAUCACCAAUGAACUGCUCCCGCUAGUGGAGAAAACUGUCACUGAUAAGAAGGCCCAUGUGUAUUUUUCUCCAACAAUGGACCAACAGAGGACCUGCCCUACCUGUGAAGGUACACUCAUCGAUGGAGAUUUCUUUAUCAAAUACGAUGUCAACCAUGCUAAUGACAUCGGGCACAUCCAGAUUGCAAAUGGAUACUUUGUGCAUUUUUUUGCACCAACCAGUCUUCAACGAGUUCCAAAGAUGGUUGUUUUCGUUAUAGAUAAUAGCUACUCCAUGGUAGGAACUAAAAUGAAACAGACCAAGGAUGCAAUGUUGACCAUUCUUGAUGAACUUCCAGAAGACGACUACUUUGCACUUAUCGUGUUUUCAACAACCUUUAUUUUAUGGAGGCCACAUUUAAGCAAAGCAACUCAGGAAAAUGUGGAAGAAGCAAAGAAAUUUGUCAGAACUAUUGAAGUUGUUGGAGGUACAGAAAUGCAUGACCCUAUGAUACAUGCUGUGAAGAUGCUUUAUGAAGAACAACGCAAUGGUACAGCCCCAAAGAAAGCCAUUCCAAUGAUCAUUCUGCUGACUGAUGGAGAACCAAACCAAUAUCCAAGAAGUCUCCCUGAGAUCCAGGAAAGCAUUCGUAAUGCCAUUGGUGGGAACUUCAGUGUUUUCUCUUUGGCCUUUGGCAACGAUGCAGAUUAUGGAUUUUUGGACAUUUUGAGCAAGCAGAAUAAUGGAGUAGCACGCAGAAUAUAUGAGGAUUCAGAUGCUCCACUUCAGCUAAAGGGAUUUUAUGAAGAAGUGGCAAGUCCUCUCCUUUCAGACGUGAAGUUUCACUAUCCUGAUAACACUGUUAACUCGCUGACAAAAAGCCACUUCAAACAGCUCUUCAACGGCUCUGAGAUCAUGGUCGCUGGCCAACUUAAUGACAUUGAAAUGAACAACUUUUUGGUUGAGGUAUCUGCACAAGGGCUGGAUAAUUUUGAGGUGAAAGGUCAGGCAAUUGCUCAGGAUUGGAAAACCGUAUUCCCUGAUGAAGACUAUGUAUUUGGAAACUUCAUUGAGCAUCUAUGGGCAUAUCUGACCAUCCAGGAUCUCUUGGAUAAAAAAGACAAGGGUUCACCAGAGGAGAAAGGAAACGUCACAGAUGAGGCUUUGAAACUCUCACUGAAGUACAACUUUGUAACACCACUUACCUCAAUGGUCGUCACUAAACCUGAAAGUGAGGACGCGCUCAUUGCUGAUAAGUUGACUGAAGUGCAACGAGGAAAACCUCAAUUCUCGGGUACAGGUUACAGUGCAGGAUAUGUUGAUGGAGAUCCACACUUUUUUAUUGAGCUAUCACAACAGAAUGAUGCCCUGUGCUUCAACAUUGAUGACAAACCUGGUACCAUAUUUAACCUGGUUAGAGACCCGCUUACAGGAAUUGUGGUCAAUGGACAAACCAUUGGAGAUAAGAAGGUUGUCCCAGGGAAGAAGGUGGUGACAUAUUUUGGGCGCUUUGGAAUCCUUCAUGAGAGGUUUGGUAUUAGAGUAAUGGUGAGCACAAAGGAGAUCUCAGUGUCUGAGGAGGGAAAAGAUGCAAAGUUCUUCUGGUCUGAUAGUGCCACCAUCAAAGGGACCAACAUGGAUCUGCAGAUAAUCAAAGAUCGUAGUUUAACGGUGACCUUGAGGGACUCAGUCAAGUUUCUGAUCAUCCUGCACAAAGUUUGGAAGAAUCAUCCGUAUCACCAAGACUAUCUUGGAUUCUACACCUUGGACAGCCACCUCCUAUCUAAAAGUGUCCACGGCCUGCUUGGACAGUUUUAUCAUGGUGUGGAGUUUCAGGUCAGCGACCUCUUUCCAGGAGAAGAUCCAAGCAAACCAGAUGCCAUCAUGCUUUUGAAAGGACAUGAGCUUGUUGUUACCAGAGGUUGGCAGAAAGAUUUCAGACAGGAUGUGAAGUAUGGAGAAAAUAAGCCUUGUUGGUUUAUUCAUCAUAAUGGCACUGGACUUCUUGAUGGAGUUCACACAGACUACAUCAUGUCUGAUCUCUUCAAGACCAUCUAAUAAUGAGCUUAUAUACCCAGAAAAAAAAUAUAGUAAACAAUCUUGAUGAGACAGUUAAAAGACAUUCAAAUGUUUUAAAUAUAACUUAAAAAAAGUCUGCAAAUUAUAAACAUUACAGUUAAAGGCACUGCAGAAAUACCUAAAUACUUUGUAAUAGUGGCUGAGAUAAAUCUGUGAAUAGAUUGAAAUGCAAAUCUAAAACUUUACCCAUUUUUAAAUCAAUACUUUCUUUACAGGUGCUUUAGAGUUUAAAACUGUAUUUAUAGGCAUAGAUGAAUAAUAACAGUUCUGUAUUAUGGUAAUGACUUGUCAUAAGCCUCAAACACGAUUUCCCCCUUCUGUAAGCCUUGUCUUUUUCUAGUUUUAACUUGGCACAAUUAUCAUUUUCACAAUUAGGGCCACGUUGUUUAAAGAGCACCUAUUGUCCGAUUCACGUUUUUAAAUUUCUUUUGAUGUGUAAAUGUGUAUUAAUACAUGUUAACGAUAUCCAAAAGGUACAAAGCCCAAAGUAAACGAUGACGCGUGUAUCGUCUCCAACGUAAA